AUGAAGUCCAAGACUCCCCUACCCACUACUGCCUUCCCGGGCUUGAGCUCCCACUGCAUGAUUAAGCAGCUGACCAAAAGCCAGAGCUGUCACGGGGAUCAUGAAACCCCCUCCCCAACUCUCAUCACCUUCCAGUCCAUGAACUUGAUCCCGGAGAAACGUCAGGACUUGGGUUGUGGGGGCAAGUCCAGCACGCAAGCUCUGAAGGAGCCGGAGGUUCCGCUAAGCCCCAGGGACAGGCACACUGUGACCUCUGCCUCAGCCCCACUUGCUGCCUGGGUCCUAAGGAAUGCCUACAAGGAGGAAGAGGUGCCUGGGAAAGGUGACCUGUCAUUGCAAGCCGAGACCAGAGCAUGGGUCCGGAAGACCCAGGCCGACUGGCUCUUGCUCAGGACCGCCCCUGCUUGGUUCCAUGGCUUCAUCACCAGAAGGGAAGCCGAGAUGCUGCUGCAACCCCAGCCUAAAGGAUGCUAUCUGGUACGCUUCAGUGAGAGCGCUGUGGCCUUCGUGCUGUCCUACAGGAGCCGGGUCUGCUGCCGCCACUUCCUCCUUGCUCAGCUAAGGGAUGGGCGACACGUGGUGCUGGGCGAAGACAGUGCCCACAUGCAGCUUCAGGACCUACUUGGACACUACACAGAGCACCCCCUCAGCCCCUACGGGGAGAUGCUCACCCAACCCCUUGCCCGCCAGACCGCUGAGCCUGCUGGACUUUCCCUAAGGGCUGAAUCAGACUCUGGAAACAAGAGGCAGGACCCAGAUACCCAUCACAACCUCCUCAUGCAACAGGCCCAGGCCCCAAUACAUAAAGAGAAAGUGGGGUCCUCCCAACAGAAGGAGACUUUACAGGCAUCCAGAUCCAGGCCUGCCAUCCCUGCCAAGCCUCAGCUUUCUCCUGAAGUCUAUCCAAGUCCUGCUUCCCGACCCCGGCAGGCCCUGCCCAUAACCCCCAUCUACCAGGAGCCUGAUGAACCCAUAGCCUUCUACGCCAUGGGGCGGGGCAGCCCUGGGGAAGCUCCUAGUAACAUCUAUGCUGAGGUGGAGGGGCCUUCAGGAACGGCACCCACCGGGCACCCCGUCCUCCGGAAGUGCUGGUCCAGGCCUGUCUCAGGAGGUCAGGGAAAGGGGGUACAGGGAAAGAGAAGCUCAAGAAGGCCAGCAGAAAGAGGGAGCCCCUCCUGAGUAACAGGGCAAGGUGAAGGUUAGCAGACUGAAGCAGGUUGGAGAGACUAAUCUGUGCUGCCAGAAACCGUUGGCCAGCUCCAGACCCAAGGCUGAUCUGU